AUGUCAAGUAACGCAACUUCGUUCGCGAUGCCAACCGUAGAACAACUGCCUGCAUUACCGUAUUAUACAAGUACGAUAAAGCGUCUUCUGAUAUUAUUUGGCUCGAUAUCAUCGCUCUGGUUAAUUAUGGGACUUAUAUUCGCGGCGAUUCAAACAAUUCGUCAAAUAAAAAAACGAACAAAUCAAAAAUUAUAUCUCUAUCAUCAACCAUCACCACUAUCACAAGCACAACCACCACCGCCACCACCAUCAGCAUCAUUAGUAUCGAUGGGACGAACACAAAAAGACGAUAAUCAAUCUGAUAAUUACGACGAUGACGAUGACGAUGACGACGAUGAUGAUGAUCGGGCAAGUGUUUUUACUUCAAUAUCAUUUAUUUCUGAACGAUCUAAAAUUGUACAUGAACCUACUACACAUCUUGCUUCGCGCUGUGAACGAAUCCCCGAAGAAGAAUUCGAAUUAAACUUAAUAGCAUCAUCUGGGAUUUCUAAUAUGGCUUAUAGUCAAUCAACAUUAACCAGAUCAAACAUUGGCGAAUCAUCAUUUAUGCAUUAUCCAGCUUGCCGGAAUUUCGCCUAUUCUCAAUCGACUCUCGCAUCGUCUACUAAUGAUUUAAAUGCAUCAACAGCAUCAAUAGUUUUUCCUCUAAAUGAACCACCUUCAAGCAAACCAUUAAUAGAUCGUUUUGUUAAACUAAAACGGCAUUCGUCUCAAUCAUCGGGGGCUACAACAUUUAGUCAGAUUACCAAUGCUACAUAUCUGUCGUCAAGUAGUGCAUCGAAAUCGUCGAGUAUUUUAACAGCAUCUAUGAAAACAAUGCCGUUGCCAACGGUAAUGAUUACUGAUUGUGAUCGUUUGCAAACCGAUAUUAUUGAACUUGAUGAUUUUGAACCGGAAAAGGAUUGGCGUCGUGCAAGGCCUGAACUAAGGCUUUUACUCAACGAUCGAAUGCCGCAGGCAGUAAGAUAA